AUGUCCACUCCAGUUGAUAACUCUUUGACCAGUCUCAAGGCAUCCACUGCCCAGAUCAUGGCCAUCAUCAGCGGUGCCCAGCAGAUUUCCCCAGGUAACAGCCACUUUUCUCUGAUAACACAGGCUCAAGUGAUCAAGGACUAUCAGACUGGACCCCUGCCUGGCAUUGUGCUUUCAUGCUCCAAGGAGCUAUUGUGUGUCUGGGACAUGACUCCCCAGGUCUGGCCCAACUGGCACAACAUCAGGUAUGAUGAUCCCUGUCUCUUGAAGCACAUCUGGUGCCCCAAGCUCCUUGCUUGGGAGGCCUUAGGUGACCAUACCUUUGAUCUCCCAGUUGCUGCUCCCCCCUCCACAGGUCUGAUUCCAGUGGACCUUCCCUCCCCACCCAUCCACACCAGCAAUGUUGCCAGUCCCUCCACCAGCACCACUACCAAGUUCCAGGACAAGGGGAAAGGUAAGGCCAUCAAUGCUGACCUGGAGCCCAAGGUGGAAGGGAGUUGGAAGAGGAAGUCUCCCAUGAUUUUGAGACUCUCCUCCCAACCACUGAAGUCUGCGAUGAAGACUUGCAAGCAUGUGAAGUCAUCUCACUGGGUGACAUCCAAGCCCCUAGUGGACUCAGAAGAUGAGGAAGACAUGAGUAUUCAGCCAUUUUCAGGUGGAGUGCUGGACAUUGUCCUUCCCCAGCUCUCCAAUUUGCCUAGAUCACCCUGGGUUCUGACCAAAAAGCCCUUUGGCCCUGCUACAGCAAGUCACAUUUAUGUGUCCAGGACUCAGGUGAUUGCCAGCAGUCACCUGGCAGUCAUCAAGCCCUCCCAACUCCUAAAAGCCCAGUGGAGGCACCUCCAAUCAUUGAUGGAGGUGAUAUUCUCAUUCCUGGACCAAGAACAACCCAUGCCAGGUUUGCACCAAGCUAAAGUGGGACUGUGCAACUCAGUUGGACAAGAGGACUGGGAAUCUGUGUAUAUCAUGCGUCUGCUGCACAACAAAGAAGGUCAAGUGCAUCCCCACAACUAUGGGUACCCUGCUGAAAUGUGUUCAUGGUUCCUCUACCACCUGGAACACAAGGUCCAGGAUGCCCUCCAAGGCUCCCUCCAAAGCUCCCCCUGCCUCCCAAUCCAAGGCCUGGACUUGCACACUUCCGUCUUCAAGUUCAGCAGUGCCUGCUCCAGCACCUGGUCUGGCAGUCCCUGCUGCAGCACUUAA